UGCAAGUGCCGGUUCUCGGCUGCACUUUCCUCACGCUGUCAGAUCAGAUGUGAGGAAAGUACUGCCGAGAACCGGCAGUUGUCAGAGCGGGGAUCGGCACCGAUCAUCAGGGCACUGAUGAUCAGUGCCCUGAUGAUCGGUGCCCAGCAGUGCCACCCGCAAGUUCCGCCCACCUGUGCCCAGCACUCCGCCCACCUGUGCCCAGCAGAUCACCCACCUGUGCCCAGCAGUGCACCCACCUGUGCCACUCUGCAGUGUCACACACCUGUGCCCAGAAGUGCCACCUACCUGUGCCCAGCAGUGCCACCCACCUGUGCCCAGCCCACCUGUGCCCACCAGUGC